AUGUGCCCCGAGAUCGAGUGCACCGGUGUCGCCGGCGCCCUCGUCGACUCGCUCGAGCUGCUCCCACUCACGGCGCGACGCACCUACCUCCUCUCGCUCGCGCACUUGACGCUUGAAGAGGCCCACACGGUCUUGGACCCGUUCGCUUCGUCCUACUUGCGCCAAGACGACGUGCUUUUGUGCACGUUUCCGACAUCUCUCGUCGAGCCGGAUGCGGUUCUUCCAGUGCUCACCGAGUUGCUUCAGCCGGCCGGCGCGCUCGAGUGCCACAAAGCCUCGUUGAAAGACGCGACGAACGAGUCGCUCUUCCUCAAGGCUGCGUCCGUGGAUGCCGACACGAAGGACGGCUGGUACCUCAUUGACACGGUGCUGGCGCCAUCGGCGAUUGACGAGCUUCUCAGCCCGUUUUAUCCGGCGGCCACGUGGACGAACGCUCAGUACGCCACGUAUUUGGUCCAGAAACCGCUGCUGACGCUCGAGCCGACGGUCAAAGCGUCGGGGCUCAAGCACGCACCGUCGCUCGAAGACCUCGAGAACCUCUGGCGCAGCUGGGAUGCCAAGGCGACGGCCGCGCCCCGUUCGAACCAAGCGCCGACGCUCAUCGAAUGGGAGUCGCUGUGGGCGGCGCUGGACGUCGUCAUGUUGCAGAUGCUGCCUAGCGACCAUUAUCUCGAGGCGCCCGUGGCCGGGCGACCGCCGUUUGUGUACUACAUUGGUCACGUGCCGGCGUUCAUCGAUGCCCACGUCGCGGCAGCGAUGGACGAGCCCGUGACGGCGCCUGCCAGCAUGCAAGACGUCUUUGGAGCCGAUGCCAGCGCAACCGAGUGGCCCGACCUCGAUGCCAUCGCGAGCUACCAGGAAGACGUCCGCACGCGCAUCCGAUUGCUCUACGGCAACGGCCUUCCGUCGGAAAUGCGCCGUGUGCUCUGGCUCUGCUUUGAACAAAGUGCCCUCUUGCUCGAAGCGUUUCUGGCGCUGCUCGUGCAGUGCGAUGGCGUGCAGCCGCCGCCACACCUCGUCCACCCGCGCUUUGCGGCGCCGGCGCCGGUCGCACCAGCUUCGUACGUACCGAUUCGGUCGGGCGACGUCGUGCUUGGCCACGACGACGUCGACGGCGUCGACGACCACCCGUCAAUUCCGUACGGCUGGGACAACGAGCGUCCGUCGCGUACUGUUGAGAUCGACGACAGUGCACUGUACGAAAUGCAGUCGCGUCCGGUGACCGUGGCCGAGUACCGCGCGUUCCUUGCUGCCACGAACGACGACGCAGGUGUAUUGCAGCCGGCGUCCUGGACUGCCGACGGAGCGCAUGUCAAGACCGUGUUCGGGCCCGUCGCGCUCGAGCUCGCGGCCGCCUGGCCUGUGUAUGUCUCGUUCGACCAAGCGAAUGCGUAUGCGACGGCCGUCGGCCUGCGCCUGCCGCACGAAGCCGAGAUGCUUGCGAUGCGUCUUCCCGGCACCGGGCACAACGUCGGUCUGCGCCACUGGGUCCCGACGCAUGUGGAAGAAAAUCCUGCCGGGUGGCAUGCGGGAAAUGCGUGGGAGUGGACGUGCGACGUCCUUGGGCCCCACGACGGGUUUGCCCCGAGCGAGCUCUGCCCUGUCCACACCGCCGCCUUCUUUGAUGGCGACCACAAUGUGCUCGUUGGCGCGAGCUGGGCUACGCUGCCACGCAUUGCCAGCCGGCGCACAUUCCGCCACUGGGCCCCGCGCACCGCUUCGGAUGUCUUUGCGACCUUCCGCUGCGUCAAGACGACCGUGUCGCCGCAAUAA